GGACAAUUCAACGCGCCCGGGUCGCUAAUGAUAUCCCGUUCGGGAACCCGGCUCUCGGUUGAGGUAAUGUUCAUCUCGAAUAUAUAUAGGGAGCCAUCCUCCCCAUCCAUAAAUUUCUAGACAGCAUCCUCUCACCAGCAUUCGCAACUUGCCUCUCAAUCCAAACUACCAGAACAUCAACCCACCACAACCAACCCACUUCUUUUUCAAGAUGAAGGUCUCCAUGUUCCUCCCGCUCGCCAGCCUGGCUCUCGGCUCCGUCAUUGAGCAGCGCGCCUGCGCCGGCAACAACUGCAACCGUGCCGUCACCGGCACCCGUGAGGGCCUCCUCCCCCUCGCUUCCCGGUCGGCCGACUGCUCCAGCUUCCAGGCCACCACCGUUACCGCGAUUGCUCGCACCGUCACCGUCACCUCCUUCGUUGCCCCCGAGCCCACUGAUGAUGGCUGCGCAACUCCCGCCAAGCGCGCCGUCCAGCCCCGCCAGGUGACCGUCAUCCCCAGCGCCAUCCCCACCUACGCCUCGGCCUGCAACGACGCCGCCGCGUACGCCUCGGCCUGCAACUGCUUCGGCAUCCCCCCGACCACCACCACCGUCCGCGCUCCCCGUGUCAGCGUCACCGUCACCGCCGUCGCCACCAACUGCCCCCAGAUCGCCAUCGAUGCCGUCCCGUCGUGCGCCUACGAGUGCUUCGCCGACCUCAUCCCCAGCUACGGCUGCGGAGGUCUCGAUGACCUGCCCUGCCAGUGCGCCAACUUCGAGGCCAUCGGAAUUGAGGUCACCCCUUGCGUUGUCGAGGCCUGCUCCCACGCCGAUGUCGAGGCUAUCUUCCCCGCUGCUGCCAUGGGAUGCGACUGCUACACCGCCUCCCUCCCGACCCCUACCGCUUAA